AUGUCUUGGAGGAGCAACGCCCAACGGACGGGCAUGAACGCCCAGCCGCUCGGCAAUGCGCGCCGCUGGGGUGGCGGCGGAGGCGCUGCCAGCCCAAGCCAAGAGCCUGCCGCAGCCGCAGGUGGCGGCUACGGCAUGAGUCCGCCGCGCCCGAAUCCGAUGGGCAUGGGCGGGCCAAACAUGGGCAUGGGCGGACCGAAUAUGGGCAUGGGCGGACCAAACAUGGGCAUGGGCCCUCCUGGCAUGGGUGGUCCGGGCCCGGGCGCACCGGGAAGGGACCCGAGGGAAGCUGCUGCCGCCGCCGCCGCCGCAGUUGCUGCUAGCAUCGGCAUCAAGAGGGACCGGGACGACAAUGGCGCCGCAGCCUCGCCCGUUGGCGCCGACGGAGCGCCCCGCAAACGACGCUCGCGCUGGGGUGACGCCGCUGACCAGGUCAACAUCCCGACGGCCAUCGGCGCCAACGUGUCGCAGCAGGAGCUUGAUCGGUACGCCAUCCAGGUCCGCCUCGACGAGAUCUCGCGCAAGCUGCGCUCGGGCGACUAUGUGCCGCCGGACCGCGAGCGUUCGCCGUCGCCGCCGCCCACCUACGACAACCAGGGACGCAGGACCAACACGCGCGAGGUGCGCUACCGCAAGAGGCUCGAGGACGAGCGCAUGGCCCUCGUCGAGCGGCAGAUGCAGCUUGACCCCAACUUCCGCCCGCCUGCAGAGUACCACGCCGCCAAGCGCAACACGCGGCCCACCGAAAAGGUCUUCCUGCCGCUCAAGGAGUUCCCUGAGAUCAACUUCUUUGGCCUGCUGGUGGGCCCGCGCGGCAACACGCUCAAGAAGAUGGAGCGCGAGAGCGGCGCCAAGAUCUCGAUCCGUGGCAAGGGCUCGGUCAAGGAGGGCAAGGGCCGUGCUGGCGCCGACGAAGACGAGGAGGACAUGCACUGCGUUGUCCAGGCCGACGACGAGGCCGCGGUCAAGAAGUGCAUCCGCCUCAUCAACCAGGUCAUCGAGACGGCCGCCUCGACGCCCGAGGGCGAAAACGACCACAAGCGCAACCAGCUGCGCGAGCUGGCCGCGCUCAACGGCACGCUCCGCGACGACGAGAACCAGAUCUGCAAGAACUGCGGCAACAAGGGCCACCGCGCCUUCGAGUGCCCCGAGCAGCGCAACUGGACCGCCCACAUCAUCUGCCACCGCUGCGGCGGUCAGGGCCAUCUCGCGCGCGACUGCACCCAGGGGCGUGGCGGCGCCUUUGGCCCUGGUGGCGUUGGCGGCGCUCGCCAGUUUGACUCCGAGUACGCCAGCCUGAUGGCAGAGCUCGGCGAAGGCGGAGGAGCGGCGGCCGGACCGGCGGGCGCUGCUGGACCCGUCGUGGGUGCUCCUGGCUUCCGCGGGGGCUACGGCGGCGGCGGCGGACGAGGCGGCUACCCGAACCAAGGUUACGGUGGCCCUCAGCAGGGCCCGCCUGGUGCCGGCUACUACGGCCAACAGCCCGGCUACGGCAGCCCAGUGGCUCCGGCUGCUACUGGUGCCAACAGCGUACCGCCCGGCGGUGCUGCCGCUGGCGGCCAGGCUGGCGCGCAGCCCGACUACUCGGCGGAGUGGGCCGCCUACUAUGCCCAGCAGGCUGCGGCUGGCAACGGCGCUGCAGCUGCGGCCGCUCCGGCGGGCGCAGAGGGCCAGGGCCAGGCUGCUGCCGGUCAAGACUACACGAAGGAAUGGGAAGAGUACUACCGUCAGCAAGCCGCAGCGGCUGCCGCAGGCGGACAGGCUGGCGCGGCAGGAGCCGGCCAAGGCCAGUACUAA